GGUACCAAGAUGGCGGAGGCUUCCUUGGGAAGUACGAGUCCAGUUGACUCUUUGUCAUCGGAAGAUCACGAUUUUGACCCGACGGCAGACAUGCUGGUACACGAUUACGAUGAUGAGCGUACGUUAGAGGAGGAGGAGAUGCGGGAGGGCGAGUCAAACGGCAGCUCAGAAAUCGCUGAUCUGGAGAAGGAGGGGAACAUGCCUCUGGAGGAGCUGUUGGCGUUGUACAGAUAUGAAGCCGCAGACAGCGUUGUCGGAGGGUCGAGUGCGGACAGCUCGUCUGUUGAGCUGACUGAUGAGCUGCCUGACAUGACGUUAGAUAAAGAGGAAAUCGCUAAAGAUCUGCUCUCUGGAGAUGAUGAAGAAACACAAUCUUCUGCCGAUGACCUCACACCAUCUGUAACGUCACACGAAACCAAUGAUUUCUUCCCCAGAACUCUUCGCUCUAAUGUGGUUUAUGAUGGAGAUAAAGAAUCUGAGGGUGAAGAGGACGGUUUGAGCCCUGAAGACUCUCGCAAGGAGAUCAUGGUGGGUUCUGAAUAUCAGGCAGAAAUUCCAGCACUUGCCUGUUAUAACGACCAGGAAAAAGUGUACGCAGAGGAAGAUCAGCUCCUGUGGCAGCCCGACAUGCUGCCCGAGUCGAAGGUCAAAAGCUUUCUGCUGGACUGCUGGAGUGCGGAUGGAAAGAUGGACAGAGAUGGCAGGUGUUCUCUGGUCAAAGACAACGAACAGGCUUUAUAUGAGCUUUUGAAGUGUAACUACACUGUCCCGGAAGCUCUUGAACGGUAUCGCAGCAAUGACAAAUCCUCAAAGGAUGAGAUGCUUGCUUGGUCUGAAGAAGAGUGCCGGAAUUUUGAACACGCUCUUCUGUUGUACGAGAAGAAUUUCCACCUCAUUCAGAAACACAAAGUCAGCACAAGGACGGUGGCAGAGUGUGUUGCGUUUUACUACAUGUGGAAGAAGUCGGAGCGAUUCGACUUUUUCGUCCAGCAAAACCGAUUCGGAAAGAAAAAGUUCAGCAGUUAUCCUGGCGUUACGGAUCUGAUGGACCGGCUGGUGGACGAGGCCGAGGGUUUAGUGGAUGGAUCUGCUUCAGUGUGUUCCAGCAGCAGCGGCAGGAUUGAUCCUCCAACCGAACAACAGCUCAACAUCCUCAACUCCAUCACAGCCAGUGACCUCUCAGCGCUGACGAGCACUGUGGCGUCGGUGUGUAACCCAGCAGACGUGAGCUGUCUGGACUCCUACAGCUUCUCUCCGCUGGACGCUCUUCACCGCGGGCCGCUGAGUCACGAGGAGCCGCUCAGCUACUCCAGCAGCGCAGACGGAGACUGCCUGAACCUGCUGGACUCCGGCUUCUACCACUCAGACCUGGGCCAGAUCAGUGUGUGCGGAGAGGACUGCGAACGACCCCCGGCCAAGCGGCUGAAGAUGGGUCUGUCUGAACCCUUCAUCAACGACAGCAGGAACAUGGCGGUGGAGUUCGAAGGCCGCACGCACCACAUCACGAGUGCCAAAAUGGCGGUUUCGGUCAGUGACUUCGGCGAGGCGGGCAGCUACAUGGGCACACACACACUGCAUCAACACACAGCGCUGCAGUCCGAGUGACGGCGCGUAAUAAACCUCACGGGACCACCUGCAAUCAAACGUGUAUAUAACCGCUUCCUGGGAUAUUCCUCGUUUAUUUCUGAUUAUAUAAAUAUAUAUAUAUAUAUAUAUAUAAGUGUGUGUAUAUAUGUACAGAUUUCUUCUUUCUAGAUUUUUUUACUAUGACAUCAGUGAUGUCUAAUUGUACAGACCUGAAUCUUGAUUUGUCAAGAGUUAAUACAGCCAUUUAUUUUCCAGUCAGUGUCAUAAACGUGUCCGAAUACUGUGGAAAUCUCGUGACGGGGAGUCGUCGCAUCGCUAACUGAUGGAUCCAUCACACUUUGGGGCUCCCUCAGUGUUUACAGGUGCCUCGGCUCGCCAAUACCACCGUCUGAAAGGCAUUUACGACCACUCUUCACUUUCGUUUUCGCACCGCAGAGAAGCAGCUCUGUGUUCGUUGAGCACAAAAAAUUUGGAAAGCGACUGCGAACGCUUUCAGCCCUGGGAGAUUCGUCUGCUUUUGUAUUGACUGCAAAUAUAUAGGCCCUAAAUACAGCUAGUGUAGAGGUGUUAUCAAACACUGCAAUGACGUGUGUGAUUUUUCCUAUUUGAUAUACUUUGCAUCGCAUAUUUAUUACGUUUCUUUUGUAAUCGUAUUGAUCAGUCGGGCGUAUUUAUUGCAAUGAAGACCAUCGGAGUGCGGGAUGGUCGCCGCUUAGCUUUUUUUGGUUGUUAAUUACUAGCACAUGUCGUUUUUGUGUUUGUUUUUGUGUGUGUGUGUGUACGAAAGCAUUUGUUCGCUAUUUAUUGAACUUUUCCGCAGGGAUUUCUCAAAGCGCGAGUCGGUUUUCCAUCUGUUCCCUUCAGAAACCAAUUAUGCAAAGCGUACAUCAUUUCUGCCUUCGCUCAGCCUUUAUUUCCGCAGAAUAACCCAAUGUUGGCUUUCUGAGCUCUGACCUGACAUUAUCUAUGCAUCAAGAAUCGCUCAAACAGAUUAAACCCAUCAUCCUCUUUGUUUUUUUGUUGAUUAACAUUCUCUUAUAUGGCAAUAAUGUGUAAAUAUGUACAGCUACCAACAUAACUUCCCAUUUUCCUUCUUCCUCAGAAAACUGACUUCAAUUCUGUGUUUUUGAGUUGUUUGCCACAAGAUUGCCUUCUUGACUUCCUUUAUCAUUCAUUUUUGGCUGGCGUUUCACUUCUCCUCAUGAGAUUUUUGCUUAAGAAGAGAGUUAUUUAUUUAUUUAUUCACCCAACUGCAAGUGGGUGUAGAAAGCGAGUGUGUGUGUGUGUGUGUGUUAGCGUUUCUGUACACAAGUGAAAAGGUUUCUUUUACAGGACAUACUGGCGCUAGCUGAAUGUACAGUAUUAUCGCUUCUUAGGGAUUCACCGAACUUGUUCGAUGACACGAAUGUCUCGCGGUUAAGGCAGAAGCCCAGUUUGCAGCGUUGCCUUAACCCUCAUUUAAAACGUGCAUGUUGAAUCCAAUUGGACAUCAUUGGACGGCUUGUAAAAUUGUGUUUCCCUUGUACUUUCAGCCAGAAUUCUCCAUAUUUAGUUUUAUUUUGUCUUGGCAUACUUGAAGGACGUGUAUUGAGCAACGUUAAUACAAUAUUCCCCAAACAUUCAGUCCUGUAGGUUUGUGCAAUUCAUUUCUCCGGUCCCUCCAAGAGCCGAAACGAGCUUUAGGAAAGUGUGCUGGUGCAGUAAUUUGUCCAAAGUUUGUACGAAAAAAAGCUUAAAAUUGAAAAUGUAACGUAAUGGUCGUCUGCUUCCAGGGGGGAAAUGUACAUGUUUAAUAACCCUUAUCUGUGGAAUGUUUUACGCUUUAUUUUCUUUAUCAAAUCGGUCUUCAUUCACUUUGAGGCUUUUUUUCGGAGGGUUUGCUAGUUAAAUUCAGUUUUCCAACACUUUAUGUGGUGUAAUAAUAAUGAAAUGAUAGUGUUUAAAUAGACAAUCAAACGGCAGUUAAUAUUGGGGAAGACGUUUUAUUCUUAAUGUUUGUACAUAGACACUGUUCUCGUUUCGUUGGCUUUUAUUUUGUAUUUUAUGUUGUACUUAACUGGCAGACCGUUCCAGAAAUAAAGGUCUGGAGAUAUUAGAA